CGGCUCGCCCGCUCGUUCGUACUUCGCGUCGGACCUGAGUACGUACUCAGUCCGCUCCGCGGCGUCCCCUUGUACGCUGGUGUGUCGCGUACACCCCUCGCUCGGCCGUUAAGUGUCCGACCUCUGUAACCGACGGUUUAUGACAUUCGACAACCCCGCCCUGUGGAUUUUUCUCAGUUGCAUUUCGAUCGGUCCGAGGAGUGUGUCGGCCGCGGACGAUACACGUCGGUGUCGGUGGCCCGCGUUUAUUUAUGUUGUCGUUUUGGUGUGGUGAAUAUUUGUGUUGUACGGACGAUAACCGUAUUAUCUGUGCGAUCGAGUCGAGUGGAUAUUUUUAACGAUCGACGUCUAUUUGCGAAGGCUGACUGCUCGGCGUGUUGGCAGCGGAUGCGGCGCAUGCACCUGCGUGCGAUGCGCUGCUAGACUCCGCAAUGGUGGGCGUGGGCGUCGCGGAGGGGGGCGGGGGUAGCGGCGGCCCCGCUGACAGCUAUUACGGCGAGUACUACCCUCCGGAGUCCUACUACGUGCCGCAGGAGAUUUGCCAGCAUCCGCAACAACACCCACAACAUCCGCACAUGUGCACUGUUCACACCGAAUACGCUGGCAUGCCAGUGGUGACGUCAGCGACAAUGAUGCCGCAGCUGAUGCCGCAAGUGAUGGACGAGAGCUUGCGGCACUACUUGGUGCCACACCCGCACCCGCAGGCCCACCCCCACCACGGGCCGCACCACCAGCCGCCACACCACCAACCACCGCAUCACCAGCCACCGCCACAUCACCAGCCCCCGCAUCAUUAUGGCCCAACGAAUGGUGCGGGUGGUCCUCAACACUUCUAUGGUGCAGGAUACCCACCUCACUACCAUCAUGUGCCUCCACACCACAUGCAGCAUUCUCCACCCCCAUCGGUCUUCCAAAAAGAUGAAAGGACGCAACGGCAGUACUCGAAGUUAAAGCAAAAAUUGGAACGUAAACAAACUAAUAGGAAUAAUGGUGUAGUCGAAAUGAAUUCUGGCGCGAGCACACCAUCACUGUCACCUCGCAAGGAGUUAAAUGGCCGCGGUGGCGGCAGUGGGGGCGCUUCCUCGGGUGCCUGGUCCGAGGGCGAAGGCUCCUCGGCCGGCGCGUCCGUACAGGACGACGACGAGAACGAUAUGCAGGCUGUGCUAGACAUGCUGUCUACGAUACGCAAACCACAGGUGAGCGAGAUAACCCCUACAAGUGCCCUGGUGCAAUGGAAUUCACCUUAUCCGGAUGGCGUACCAGUUCCUAACUUGGAGUUAACAUAUGACCUAUUGCUCGGAGAUCGUGAUGUCAAGCGAUAUAAAGCGAUCUAUAGUGGACCAUCCCUGUCGUGUCGGGUGCGGGACCUGAAGCCGGGCUGCGAGUACUCUGUGUGCCUGCAGAUCCGCGCGGGAGAGGUGACGGGCGCGGCGAGCGAGGCGGCCACGUUCCGCGCGCCCGCCGCCCCCCCCGCGGCCCCCCCCGCGCCGCGCGUCACGCAGCGCGCGCGCGCCUCGCUGCAGCUGCGCUGGCAGGCCGCCGCCGACCGCGGCGCGCGCGUGCUGCACUACCUGCUGCAGCUCGACGCCGGCGACGGGUUCGCAGAGCUCGCGCGCCCGCGCACGCGCCAGCACACCGCCGCCGGCCUGCGCCCGCAGACGCAGUACCGCUUCCGCGUCGCCGCCGUCAACGAGUGCGGCCGCGGCGACUGGAGCGAGGAGACCGUCGCCUGGACCGCGGGGUCGCCGCCCCCCGCGCCCGCUCCGCCCGCGCUGUGCUCCUCCGCGCCGCGCACGCUCGCGCUCGCCUGGGAGCGCCGCGCCGACGAAGAGUUCACCCUGCAGAUGGACGACGCCGCCCGCGGCCACGGAUUUCUUCCCGUCUACUCGGGCCCCGAGCGAUCUUACGAGUGUACCGGACUGUGCCGCGCGACCGACUAUCGGUUUCGACUUCGCUGCGAGACCGCCGACGGCCAAGGUCCCUGGUCGACGGAGGUCACCUAUCGAACGCUUCCGGAACGACCGUCCGCUCCGGGCAGGCCCUCCCCCCGCGGCAAAAUACACUCGCGCGCCUUCCGACUUAGGUGGGACCCGCCAGGCGACGAUGGGGGCGCGGCCGUCGCGUCUUAUACCCUCGAAAUCGACGGCGGAGAGGGCUACCGACCCGCCUAUCAGGGAUCCGAUCGAGAGGCGCACUGCGACCGACUGCAGCCGGGCACUCCGUACAAGGCUCGAGUCCGCUGCGCCAACGAAGCCGGCGACAGCGAGUGGUCGGCGACGGAGACGGUGACGACGGAGGCGACCUGCCCGGGCGCCUGCGGAGCGCCAGAGCCGGCGGCGACGGCGCGCGCCACGCUGCUGGCGUUGCGGUGGCGGGCGCCCGCCUGCUCGGGCGGAGUGCCGCUCGCCGACUACCGCGUCGAGGUGGCAGAGGCGGACGCGGACGCGGCCGCCGCGCGGCUCGCGUACAUCGGCGCCGCCAACGAGUGCGUGGUGCGCGAGCUGGCGCCCGGCCGCCGCUACCGCGUCUGGGUCACCGCCACCAACCGUGUCGGCGCGGGCCCACAGUCGCCGCCGCUCGAGUUCACCACGGCGGCCGCGCCGCCCGACGCUCCGCCCGCGCCCACCGCUGUUGUUGAAGGACCCCGCUCGGCGCGCCUCGAGUGGGCCGCGCCCGCAGACAACGGAGCCUCGAUCCUCGACUACCGGCUCGAGAUGAGCGCGACCGACGUCGACGACGCUUUUUCCGAGGUGUACCGAGGAGGCGAUACGACCUGCCUCGUGUCGAAGCUCGCGCCGUUCUCCCCAUAUUUUUUCCGAGUGUGCGCGACGAACUCCGCCGGCCGCGGCGGAUGGUCGGGGGUCCGCGACGUGUUCACGCCGCGGGCGACUCCCGCGGCUCCGACCGGUCUACGACACGAAUCGACCGCCGACAGCUUGAGGUUGUACUGGCGAACGCCGGCCGGUCACGGGGCGGAAAUACUAAAAUAUCGCGUCGAGGUGGACACGGACGCAUACGAGACCGAGGGGCCGACCCCCGAGAGGGUCGUGGACGGACUCGCCCCGAACACCGUUUACCGAGUUCGCGUCGCCGCCUUCAACGAGCUCGGGCUCGGCGACUGGUCCGAGGAGUGCAAGGCUGCGACGCGACCGAUGCCGCCGGCGCCUCCCCAGAUUCGCUGCGCGCAGGUCGCGCAUAACUUUAUGAAGCUCGAGUGGAACGCGACCGGCGGCGAGGGCGCGCAGUACUGCGUGGAGAUGCGCGCGCCGGAGGCGCGGGAAUUCCGCGCGGUGUACCGCGGACCGGCGCGCUCCUGCAAGGUGAAGAAGCUGCGGGAGUCGACGAGCUACGCGUUCAGGGUGCAGGCGAGCGACGAGCGCGGCGGCCGCGGCGGCUGGUCGGCGCCCUGCGUGCUGCCCACGCCCGCCGCCCCGCCGCCCGCGCCCCGCGCGCCCGCGCUAUUGCCCGCGCACGCGGUGCCGCCCGCCGCCGCACCCGCCUCCUCCGCCUCACCCGCCGCGGUGCCGUCCGCUUCGCGAGCCAUGGUCGUCGCCUGGGAGGCGAUCGAGGGCGCGAACUACGUGCUACAGUGCGCACGCGCCAAGGAUGCCAUCUUUAAGCAGGUGUAUUCGGGCGGCGAGACCCAGUUCCAGCUGGAGGAGCUGGAGGCGGGCGCCGAGUACCUGGUGCGCGUGAUGGCGGUCCGCGGCGGGCUAGCGAGCGCGUGGUCGGCGGCCGCGCGGCUGGCGGCGCCGGCGGCGGGCGCGGGGGGCGCGGGGGGCGCGGGCGGCGCGGCGGGCGCGGGCGCGGCGGCGGCGCGGCCGCGGCGUGCGCGGGGCGGCGCGGGGGGCGCACGCGCGCUGUCGUCGCGGCAGGUGGCGCUGCUGCUGGCGGGCGGGCUGGUGCUGCUGGCGGUGGUGGUGGCGGUGCUGGUGCAGCGCUGCAUGGAGCCGCGGCCGUGACGCGCGCUGGUGGCGGCGCGGC